AUGGUAAAAAGGAUGCUCUUGCCUGGUCCCAAGCAAUGGAAGGCGCGAAUGGCAGGCUACGAUGAAGCUAUUAAAUUGUUCCAAACACAGUCUUCAGAAAAAAGUGCUGUAUUUGGGGACUAUAUUGGGCUAUUGAAGAAAGUCGUUACUGAUAGUAAUGCGUUUGCUCAGGAGAAGGGUCUAGAUGUGGUCCUGGCGUUUGUGGAAAAUGCCUCCAUCGCUCCUCGGGCUGCGUCCGAUGUGUGUGCCGCUGUAGUAGGCAAAUGUAUGAAUGCUUCCCGCCCAAAAACCAAGGAAAAGGGCAUUGAGAUUCUCCUUUAUUAUAUUGAACUGGAAAAAACGGAUGUUGUUAUUGAGGAAGUACUCAAGGGUCUCUCGCUUAAGCAACCGAAGAUUGUGGUGGGUUGCCUCCAGACUCUUAGGACAGCUCUGUCACUUUUCGGAUCAAAAAUUAUUUCUAUAAAGCUAAUCCUAAAGGAUGCUUUGAGGUUGUUGGAAGACCGGGAUCCAAAUAUUCGGAACGAAAGCAAGGAGUUAGUCGUGGAAAUGUAUCGAUGGGCAGGAGCACCGAUCAAAACCCAGUUGUCCAGUCUGAAACCUGUCCAGCUAACAGAACUUGAAAGCGAGUUUGCUAAAUGUUCUGGACAAAAGCCGGUGCCUACUAGAUAUCUUAAAAGUCAAAGACCGAAAGAUUUGCCCCAACAAAGUAAUAAUGCAGCUGCAACAGAAGAUCCUGGUUUUAACGAACGUGAGGACGGAAAUGACGUUGAAUUGGACCCGUACGAGCUGGCUGAUCCCGUCAACGUUCUCUCUAAAUUGCCAAAUGACUUCUUUGAGCAGAUUGAAGCCAAAAAGUGGCAGGAUCGUAAGGAGGCUCUAAGCCUGAUCGAAAAUCUCUCGGAUACUAUUCGCUUGGCACCGGGUGAUUAUGGAGAACUAAUGAAGGCCCUCAUAAAAGUAAUUGCGAAGGACACUAACGCUAUACUUGUUGGUCAAAGUGCCAAAGUUGUCACUCAUAUUGCUAAUGGUUUGAGGAAAGAUUUCCAUCCCUAUGCUUCUGAGACCGUCAAAGUUUGCCUGGAGAAGUUCAAAGAAAAGAAGCCGACCGUUCUCAAUGCCAUUCGGGGUGCUGCUGAUUCUGCACUUAAAGCCACCACUUUGGAUGCUAUUCAAGAGGAUAUAAUUGCGGCCACAUCAAAUAAGGUUCCCAGUGUGCGUGCUGAGACUUGCCUUUACAUGGGCCGUGCCUUUGCUAACAUGACUAUUACAACUCUAAACAAAAAAUUAUUGAAAGCGUUCAUUGGACCACUGAUCAAAUGCUCCGCUGACACAACCAUGGAAGUUCGCGAGGCCAGUUUUGCCGCUCUUGGCACGGCUAUGUUUGUCGUAACAGAGAAGAACAUUAUGCCUUUCCUUGGUGAUAUUGACAGUAUACGACUGAGUCGAAUCAAGGAGUUUUAUGAAAAAGUGGUUGAAGAGAGGAAAAAGGCUAGUAUCUCUGGGAGUGGAAGCACCGAGGGUGGCGUUGUUGGGGCCUCCAAACCACAAUUUAAGGUAGUCAAAGGGAAGUUGGGUUCUGCAGGCCCAUCAGCUACGGCCAAGCCGACCACGGUUGUUGCUAGUGGAGCGAAAUCAAAACCUCAGGUCGGUGCUAACGAUCUACCCAAGGAACAGCUAAUUCCUGAUGAAGCUAUUGAGUUGCAAUUAACCGAAUUUUUUGGUGAGGCGCUGCUGACCGAGUUGGCUUCUGCUGUGUGGAAGGAGAGGCUUGCUGCCAUGGAAGUGGCUCAAACGAAGAUCUCUACUUCGGACUCAUCACUCUCUUGCCAACUUGUUUGUCGAUUGAUGAUGCGCAAACCAGGUCUCAAAGAUAACAACUUUCAGGUUCUGCGAAUGAAGGUGGAAGUGAUAACUGAUAUUUUGUUGGCUCGAAAGCCCGUUGGUGAAGUAUUGGUCGACCUGUUGUUGCCCGAACUUAUUGAGAAAAUUGGGGACUCGAAGGUCGGUGAGGCUGUGAAGCAGGCCUUUACUGCUCUUGCGGAGGCUACAACCUUCGAGAUUGUUGGUACACAGGUAUUAAAUGCAGCCUUCCAGCAAAAGAGUCCCAAGAACCAGGUCGAAGCACUCAACUGGCUUGCUAGUGCCAUUAAGGAGUUUGGUUUCAAACUGAAUGGAAAACAGACAGUGGAUUUCUUGAAGACGGGUCUGAGCGCAACCAACAUGUAUGUUCGUCAGUCCUGUAUCCACCUCUCGGGCGUACUUUACAUGUACAUGGGCGCAACUUUGCGGACUCUCCUUGCGGACGAAAAGCCCGCAGUCAUCGCGUUGAUGGAAGAGGAGUGGACCAAGCUUGGCGACUCCAAGCCCCCUGCUCCCACGCGUGGUCUUCGAGUAGUCAAGAUGGACAGUACUGGUGAAGGAGCAAAUAACCAUGUGGAGGCCAAGGAAGAGCUUGAACCGAUACCAGAACCUGAAGAGCUUGUUGAGAGGGUUAACAUCAGUGAAAAAUUAAGUGGCGAGGUGCUGACUCUCCUUUCAAGCAAGAACUGGAAGGAGCGGAAGGAGGGUCUGAGUCAGAUAGAGGAAUUGCUGAAGGCCAAUCCAUUCAUUGGUGGUGGUUACGAAAUGCAAGAGCCGCUUGCUAUCAUUGCUAAAGUCUGCACUGACGUGAACAAGAUAUUGGGCAAGACCGCUCUUGGUCUGAUGGAGGCGUUUGCGAAAGCUUUCUCAAAGACUGAUGCCAAGAAACUUGUAAAAUGCGUCGAACCGUCCAUUUUGGUUUGUUUCGGUGACUCCAAACCAGUUGUUCGCGAAGCUGCUGUUGCAGCCUUGAGCGCUUGGAAGGAGCGCUGUGGAUUUAUACCGAUGACAGAGAAUGACAUGCUUUCGGAAGCUUUGAAGGCGGAGAACCCCUUUUUGCGAGCAGAGCUGCUUGGAUGGUUGACAACUGCACUGACCGGUUUACAACUAAGCGGAAAGGCGGCAAAUGCAUUAGGCCUCGCGCCAGACUUUGGGCUCAACCUCGCUCUCGCGGUCUACGCAGUAUGCGAGGAACGCAAUCCUGACGCACGUCAGCGCGCUCACAAAAUUCUCCCUGUUCUUAUCCGUUCUCUCGGCUAUGAUGUCAUGCAGAAGGCGCUAAAACGCCUCAAGGCCACUUCCAUGGAUGCCAUCACUCCCUUGCUAGAGAAGGCCAGAGAACAAGUGGCUGCCGAGGAUGCCGCCAACCCUCCUCCGGAGGCUCCCAAGGCUAUACGAGGUGGUGGAGGAAAAAAGGCGGCUCCGUCGCAGCCAUCUGCCUCUGGAGAAGUGGCUUCUGAACCCGCCGCCCUCUCAGACAAUACAACGACGCCUGAUAUGGACGAGGAGCCGUCGAUGGCAUCCACAGUAAAACCUGGAGGGAAGAAGGUGGCGGGCAAAAAGCCUGCCAUGACUUCGAAGCGUGCGGCUGCUAUCGAACAGGCCGAAGAGGCAGCGGCUGUUGUUCCUCUCCAAGUGAACAAACUCCGUGAAACUCGAAUGCUUGACGAAAAGAAACGAAAAUUGCUCAAGUGGGACUUUGACACGCCGUCCAAGGAUCACGUGCAGCAACUGAAUACGCUCUUCUUAGCCGCUGGUGCCUCACCAGAUCUCCAUUCUUCUCUCUUCCAUACGGACUUUAAGCAACAUAUUAAGGCCGUAGAAAUCCUCACUCGCCUGCUAGACGGCGCUUGGUCAGCCGUGGAUGGCGAGGCUGCGACUCGAGCCAACCUUGAUCUCAUCCUCCGCUGGAUGGUUCUGCGUUUCUUUGAAACUAGCCCCGCCUUCCUCUCUCGAGGACUGGAAUACAUUCAUAAGGUGUUCUGUCGGAUGUCAGACGCAGGACAGCAGUUGACGGAGUACGAGGCCUCUGCCUUUCUGCCCUACCUCGUGAUGAAGGUGGGUGAUUCAAAGGAGAGCAUUCGGAAGGAUGUGAGGGCUAUUUUUCGGGUCAUCACAAACAUCUACCCACCUGAAAAACUAUACCCCCAUCUCGUCGGUGGUCUUAAAUCCAAGGUCAAUAAGGCCCGACAGGAAUGCUUGGAAGAGAUUGGCAGCAUGAUUGAACAUUUUGGUCUGAACGUCUGCCAGCCCUCGCCUGCGGCCUCACUGAAGGUUUUGGCUGCGCAAAUCAGCGACCGUGAUUCUGGCGUUCGCACUGCUGCUCUUAAUGCUCUUGUUUGCGCUUACAUCAUCGUUGGCGAACCGCUCUGGAAAAUGCUCGGACAGUUGCCUGAAAAGGAUAGAUCAAUGUUGGAGGAACGCAUUAAGAGAACGAGCAGACCUGCCACUGCUGCCUCCACCGCAACGACCUCUAAACGUUCAGCUUCCGAACGGCCAGUCAAUCGAAGAGAUACGCAAGCAUAUCCUUCAACUGGUGUCGCACAACACUCCCAGCAGCAGCAGCAGCAGCCAUACGGAGUGGGUGGGCCACAGUCACUCCACGCGAUCGCUUACGCUCGGGCGCAGCAUAUCCUUAGUGGGCUGGGCGAUCUCAACCCUGAACUCCCACCCGCUCUACCGAGCCUUCUUCAAUUCGACAGGGACAUUAAUGAGCUCUUUAAGCCUAUCGAAAUUCCCGAGCUCAAAACGCGAGACAAGCAGACCGUGCUAAAUUGCCUCCUUCGAACCAGCCCCGAUGCUGCUUCGGCUAUAACCAUGGUAGUCACCCAAAUCUCUUCCAACGACCUCAACGUCUGCUGCUAUGCCCUGAGCCAAAUCGACACGCUAUUACAGAGUGACAAAUGGCAGCUUCUAGUUGGGCAUGUCAAUCAAAUCAUCACUCUAAUAACAAUUCAAUUGCGGCAGACAAACUCUCGUUUCUUUGAUGACCCUACUAUUCCUGAGGGCCAUCUGUCUACCGUCCUUCGCUGUUUACUGGUCACCACAGAGUCGAUUUUUAAGCGCCCGCUGCUGGCCCGAGAGGCCUCUCGAGAAUCGUUGAAGGAGUUCCUUUUCGCUUCGCUUCAUCUGAUGGUGCACGAGAAGACCCCUGAGUUACCUGAGGGCAGUGGAAUUGUCCGAGCCAUCAACGCUAUUACCUUGCGUGUCAUUUUGGAGUCCAACAGCACUCGUGUUCUCGGUGCCUUCAUUCGGUUGCUGCACGAGAGUGUGAGCAGUUCCCACUUUAACAACAGAUUCACUCAAGUUGUUCUUCGAAGUCUUUGGAAGAUUACCAAAGCCCUACCGAGUACCGCUAACAAUUAUUCGUUGGACCUUGUUCUUCUGGACUGCCACAACUUCCUCAAAGCCUUUCCAUCGUCCUCCUGGAAGUCCCGAAAAUCAGAUUUGCCUCUCCGUACGAUAAAAACGAUGCUCCACUCCUUUUGCAGCAUUCGAGGUCCUGCUGUCCUUAAGUUCGUCGAUUUGAUCCCAAAUAAGGAUGAAUCAGAACUGGAAUCAUAUAUGAAGAGGACUUUGAAGUCUCUAGCCAAUGCAAAUGGGGGCAAAUUGCCACCGGCUCUCCAAACAAGCCAGAAGCAACUCAUCUCUCCCAAGUCGGCUGUUAUAAGUCCAGAGACCCAUGCGAAAUUGACUUCGCUGUUUGCGAAGAUCCUUUCUUCCAAAGAUGAAUCGUAUAUUGAAGAACUUUACGACAUUACUGCGGCGUAUCCAGAUCUGGAUCUGCAGCCCUACCUGGUUGAUUCGACACCCUUCUUCCAGACAUACGUCCAUCAAGCUCUCUACAAUGUGGGCCUCAGGCGUGCUCGCACAAACCCUAAACAGAUCACAAAUGGCGAUGUUAAUGGUGUCGUCGACAAGCAGGGCUUUGCAAAUGUAAUGCGUGAGCGCCUAUUCAAGGUGCUGCGUGGUGGAAAUGGUGAAACCCUUGACGUUUUCGACAAACUGCCACCCCUCUGUACGGAGGAAUUGGCUCAGCAUCCGAUCAAUCCGAAGCUCUUCAUGGACCGUCUGGCCACGCUGCGCAAAGAGCUGGGUCUAGAGUCUGGAGUUAGCGACAACAACAGUCAGGAUCUGGGCGCAGAGUGUCGACUCUCCUCUGGCACCUAUGGCAUCGGAAACACAGUCAUGGAAUCCGCUGCGCAGGAUGAAACGCCAAGCAGGGGUAUGGAUGGAUCCGAUGCCGCAACCGCCAGUCCACCUGACGAUCAUCCUGCAGCUGGUGGUGGGAUGUCCCAAAAUGAGUUGAUGGACAUUCGACGACGUCUACAGAUGAUCAAAAACGCUCAGACGCGAGGGUGA